AUGGGCAAGAGAAAAGAAAUCGCGACGAAAGGUGAAGCGUUAGAGAAAGAUGGGGAGUCUGAGCAGACUGCCUCGAUGGGCAGCUAUUUUAGGCUCUUUUCCUAUAUCACAGGGAAAGACCGUAUUGCUCUUGCAUUGGCACUUCUAUGCUCAAUUGCGUCUGGUGUGCCCCUACCACUUAUGAACAUUAUCUUCGGUAACCUCGUGGGCGAGUUCCAGCGAUAUUUCAUGCCAGACACGCAGGUAACAGAAGGGGAAUUCAAGGCUUCCGUCAACAAAUUAAGCUUGUAUAUCGUGUACUUGUUUAUUGCAAAGUUUGUUCUAACAUAUGUCUCAAUGCUUUCCUUCCGUGUUAUCGGUCUUCGGGUCUCGUCCAGUGUACGACUUCACUAUAUGCAAUCUCUCUUCGCCCAACCCAUCAGCAAACUGGACGAAGUAUCCGUGGGAACCGUCACCAACACCAUCACAACCCUAUCCAACACCAUCCAGCAAAGCAUUUCCGACAAGCUAGCUAUUCUCUUCCAAUCUCUUGCCCUACUCAUUACUGCAUAUGUCAUCGCUUUCAAGUAUUCCUGGGCGUUGACCCUUGUCACGAGCUCUUCGUUAUUGUUCAUCCUUAUCUGCUGCAUGUUUAUCAUGCCUGCCAUGACGAAAAUCCAACAGCAGGUGGACAAAGCUGACGAACAGCAUUCUUCAAUUUCAGCAGAAGUGCUCAGCUCCAUUCGGACGGUGUUGUCCCUUGGUGCCGAGGAAACGCUAGCCACUAAGUACGCAAGCUGGGUCGAAGAAUCACGGAAACGAGGGCAAAAGAUGUCUAUCGUACUGGGAUUGCAUCUUUGUCUGAUGUUCUUCGCGAUGUAUGCUAGCUAUGCGCUGGCCUUUUGGUUUGGAUUGAAGCUUUACCGGGAAGGGCAUAUUGCGGAUAUCAAUACGGUUGUCAUCGUGUUUUUCUCAGUCAUGAUGGUGGUGAGCGUCCUGGGAGGUAUCGCAUCACCGCUAAUUAUCAUUUCCAAAGCGACCAGUGCGGCAUCUUCUUUUUUCGAAAUGAUCGACUUGGAGACGAUAAACAGAGGCGGACUUAAGGACCCCGAGGCUUCAUCUGAUGUAGAUAUUACAUUACAAAAAGUGCACUUUGCGUAUCCGACCCGCCCCGAUAUCCCAAUCCUGAAAGGCUUUAACGCUCGAUUUCAACAAGGCAAGACAACGGCACUAGUCGGUCCGUCUGGCUCAGGAAAAAGCACCAUCGUCGGUCUGUUGGAGAGAUGGUUCGAACUGGGCACGAUGAAAGGGGCCCAUCAGGGGAAUAUUUUUGCCGGUGCACAUAAUCUCACUGGCCUCGACUUAAAAUGGUGGAGAUCACAGAUCGGACUUGUGCAGCAGAAUCCGUUUCUAUUUGAUGACACCAUUUUCAACAAUGUUGCUUUCGGUCUCGUUGGCACGAAGUGGGAGCACGAAACCCACGAGGUCAAACAGAAACUUGUUGAGAAAGCGUGUGAGCAAGCUUUUGCUGACGAGUAUAUCAAGCGGUUGCCAGAGGGCUAUGAGACUCUCGUGGGAGAAAGCGGUAAAACACUGAGUGGUGGCCAGAAACAACGUCUCGCCAUCGCCCGAAGCAUUGUCAAGGAACCUUCGAUCUUGAUUCUCGAUGAAGCGACUAGCGCAAUUGAUGUCCACGGGGAGAAGAUCGUCCAGAAGGCUCUAGAUCAACUCUCGAAAGACCGUACUACCAUUGUAAUCGCCCACAGACUAUCGACCAUCCGGAAAGCUGAUCACAUCAUCGUCUUGAAAGACGGCGUUGAUGUCGAGCAAGGCACCCAUGAUGACCUUCUGGAAAUUGAGAACGGAGUAUAUCGUGGUCUCGUGAGUGCUCAGAGUCUUGCGCAUUUGACCGAUGACGGUCCGGACGGAAGCGAAGGCCUUGAUGCUCUAGAAAAAGAAGCCAGCACUGUCCAGGCUUUCCACGAGCCUGAAAAGGAAGAAAAACCACAGACAUCAUACAAAAAUAAAGGUUUUUUUCGCAGUAUUGGACUGAUACUAUACGAACAACGUGCUCAUUGGCCGUUUUAUUCUCUAACGCUCUUGGGUGCUGCUGGUGCUGGAUCUUCCUACGCUUUACAAAGCUGGCUAUUCGCACACAUCAUUGAGGUUUUCGGGUAUCAAGGCCAACGGCUCACAGAUGCCGCUAAUUUUUGGGCCUUGAUGUUCUUCGUUCUUGCACUGGGUGUGGCCCUUUGCUAUUUUCCCGUGGGAUUCUCAUCUAAUACUUUCUCGAUGAAAGUUUCAUCAUUCUACCGAGAACAAUAUUUCCGCAACAUCCUCCGAAAACCCAUCCCAUUUUACGACUUAAACGAAAACGCCUCCGGAUCCCUCGUCUCCCGCCUCUCCACUGAUCCGAAACAAAUCCAAGAUCUACUCGGUGCAAACGGCGCCUUCCCGCUUAUUUCAAUCUUCAACAUCCUUGGCUGUAUCAUCAUCGCUUUCACAUUCGGCUGGAAACUAAGUCUUGUUGCUGUCUUCGCAGCGAUGCCGUUCGUCCUGUUAGCUGCAUUCAUGCGCAUCAGAUUUGAACUACAGUUCGAGGCUAUGAAUGCAGAGGUAUAUAGUGGUAGUUCGCAAUUUGCGGCAGAGGCUAUCUCGGCUUUCCGGACUGUUUCGGCAUUGGUGAUGGAGGAUGCGAUUCUGGGGAGGUAUUUGGGCCUUUUGCAGACGCAAAGGAAGAGGGCUUGUCGGAAGGCAUGGUAUGCGACGCUCAUUUUUGCGUUUUCGGAUAGUGUUGAGUUGUGUGCUAUGGCACUUACAUUUUGGUACGGCGGACAACUCCUCGCAUCGAGAGAAUAUGAACCUAGUACAUUCUUUGUCAUUUACAUGGCUACCAUCCAAAGCAGUCAAUCGGCCGGGCAGUUUCUGAGUUUUGGACCCAAUAUCGCGCAAGCUGUGGGCUCUGCCAACCGUAUGCUGAGCUAUCGUCCGACUUCAGCCCCACGAGACGACCUCAAGCAACUUACACCAUCCGAAUAUCAAUCCGCAGCAAGCGUCGAGCUCCGCAACGUCACAUUCAAGUAUCCAUCACGGGAAGUUCCGCUAUUCACUGGUCUAAAUCUCAACAUCAAAAGUGGCCAAUUCGUUGCUUUCGUUGGACCAUCUGGCUGUGGAAAGACUAGCGUUAUAUCUUUGUUAGAACGAUUCUACGAUCCAGCCCAAGGAGCAAUUCUUGUCAAUGAACAAGAUAUCACCUCCAUCGGAAUCUCAUCCUACCGCAAAGCAUUAGCAUUAGUAACCCAAGAGCCACGCCUCUUCAACGGCACGAUCAAAGAAAACAUCACCCUUGGCCUCGGAGACAAAGGCAUAACGGAUGGAGAACUGACACAGGCCUGCAAAGACGCCGAAAUCCAUGACUUCAUUACCUCCCUACCCGACGGCUACGGAACAGCCCUUGGCACAAGUGCCCAGACAGCGCUGAGUGGAGGCCAGCAGCAACGUCUCUGCAUCGCCCGCGCUUUAGUCCGAAAACCAUCACUCUUACUAUUAGAUGAGGCGACAUCAAGCCUCGACUCGCAGUCUGAAAAACUCGUACAAAGUGCUCUUGAGCGGUUAGCAGGACGAAGAGAGACAACUAUUAUCGCAGUUGCGCAUCGACUAGCGACGAUUCAGAAAGCAGAUGCCAUCUUUGUCUUCGGGGAGAGCCAUAGUGGGAAGGGGUCGAGGAUUGUUGAACAGGGGACGCAUGGGGAGUUAUUGAGGAGGAAGGGGGGUUAUUGGCACAUGUGUCAGGAACAAGCGCUAGAUAGAUGA